UGGUGAUUGGUUAUAUUAAUUUAAGAGUUGUCUUUCUUUACUUACUUAUGUCAACAAGCCAAGCAAGAACUAUGUCGCAUGAAAAAAGAGGUUAUCCUGACCAGGAAUACCCCCCUCAAGAAGCCCCUCCAGCCUAUAAUCAGACCACCCCUCAGUACAGUUGGCAUGGACAGAGCUAUGCACCACAACAACCACAGGAUCACCCAGGCUUUCCUCCUGCACCAGGGACAGGCUAUCAGGCACAAUACAAUGUGGUGGCACCAGGAAUGGUUACUAUGGCUGAACCUCCACCCCCAGAUUACAUGACAAGGGCCAUAAUGGUGACAGUGUGUUGUUUCUGGCCUAUUGGUAUUUUUGCUAUUAUGAAAGCCAGUGAGAGUAAGUCAUCAUAUGCUAGGGGUGAUCUUGCUGGUGCCAAAGAAAACUCCAGAUCAGCAAAACAGUUAUCCAACAUUGGUAUUGCUGCAGGGGUUGUCUCCGUGGUUAUCCUAGUCAUAAUCAUGGGGGUGUACUUUGGACUUAUUUUUAGCUCUUCACGGUUUGGUUAAACUGUUGAAGAAAUUGGCAAGAAGAAAUGGAUGAUACCUGAAUUUUAUAGUUAACCCUUGUGAAGUGUUAUUUAUAUAAUAUAUUUAGAUGGACUUAUGUUAAUUAUAUUGAUUAAGAACUAUCAUAAUCAAAGAUAUUUUUAAUCUUUUAAAGUCAUGUGACAGCAUCUACAAGAUAUUAAUGCAUGAAAGGAUUGCAUCAUGCAUGGUACUGAUACAUAAAAAAAAUGGUUGUGACACUAUGCCUUAAUAAAUUUUGUCAAACAAAGUUUAUUUAAUAAACAUAUCAAAUUAUGUUUUGAAAUAACAGUGAAUAUGCAACACAGUUUUGACAAGGGAAGUAAAGCUUUUACUUGACAUGUUCUUUAUUUUUUUUAACCUGCAAACUUUUUUUUGUAAAAGAUAAUAUUUUUAUGGAUAUGAUAAAUCGAUUGAAAAAAGUGUUUUAUGUUUUCCUUAUAAAUGGAUCAUACUACAGUUUUAAUUGAUGAAAACCUUUUUAAAGAUGCUUUUCUACUUAAUAAGACAAUGCAAUAAGAGGCAACAUAUUUUUUUUAGAUUAAAGAAAUCUAUUUUAUACCAGAUGCAUUUUUGUAAGGUAAACAAAGUAAUUUGCAAAUAUACGAAAAAAGAAGAAUUAAUUAUUGGAUUGGCAAUGACAUCAAUUAGAUUUAAGAGGCUUUUAGUAGAAAUAAAUCUAUAGGGGUUUUUGUUGCUAUAAAGUUAUUUGUCUGUAAAUAUGUAGAACUUAAAGUGGUGAUUGGGACACUGAAGUUCAAUGUUCAUGCUGAAGCUUUAUUGUCCGUGCCAAAGUGGGAUGGUCCUUUUUCUCUGUUUGAAGAAAAAAAAUGUUUAGAGUCCUACACAUAUUUUCUUUAUUAGACCAAGAUUUGUUUUAUUUAUAAAAAUGCAGCAAUACAAAAAUUUUCCUCAGUUUACAUGUCAUACAGUUCUUUUGACAGUUUGAUUCUUAAAUAAGCAUACGCUAGAUGAUAUACUUAUACAACUGGAAACUUAUAACACAGAAACAAACUAGAAGGAUGAAUAUUCAUUAUAACAAGUUGGUAAUAAUUAACAUUUUUUAUGUUACAAAACAUGUUACAAUCUGGAUAAAAGAUUUACUAUAACUAUUCCAUUUAAUGAUUUACAUGUACUCAUUUUACUUAUUAUGUAUUCAGGGAUUAAAUAACCCAUAGAGUUUAAUUUCAACUAACAGGAGGCAUUCAACUUUUGGCUUAAAUGAAAUAUAUGUUUUGAUGAAAUUAGUUUUUUAAUGCAUUAUACGCUGGUCUAAAUUCCCAACAUUUACCAUUUUAAUUUAUGAUGCUUUUACUUUGAGGUUGUUAAAUAUUUUAUAUUAUCACUUUUUUAUAUAUAACUUUUAUUUUGACUUAUUACAAAAUUACCUGAUGUUACAUUCCCAUAUUUUGUAUUUUUUUUUAUUAUGAAAUCAUACAUAACAAUUCUGAAUUUAUUGUUUUCCAAUAGCAGAGAUGACCAAACUAUGAAAAUGGAAAA